GGAGAUCGCGAGGGCCUGCGGGGCGAAGUUCGGGUCCGUGCGCAGGGCGGAGGCGGGGGGGCACGUCAUCGCCGGCAGGACGGGGGCGCCGGUCCUGCUGCUCGGUGGGGAGGCGCAGGCGCACGACCUCUACGUGCACGAGUCUGGCGGUCACGACCUUGACGUACGCGACCUCCACGCGCACGAUUUCAAGGUCCGCGACCCCGGCGGCACGACGCUGGCCGAGGUGAGGCCUGGAAGCGACGAGGACACCUACGAGGUGAAGAUCUACUCGAACGGAGACGCAGGGCUGAUCGUCCUGGGCCUGCUUGCGAUCCACAGAAAGGAGUGGAUCGUUCCUGCAAUUACCGAGCUGGCCCAGUGAUUGCUGUGAACGGCUCAGACGUCCAGUGGUAGUUGUUAUCUUCCUCCUCCUCCUCCUCCUCCUCCUCCCCAUCUAAAACGCGCACCUUCCUCCUCGUGCUGCAGUUGUCCCCUCCUCCUCGUCUCGUCGUGGGAGGUUCGAUCUGUACAGGAUCGCGCUGAAUUCAACCAUCAGCAUUUUGAUGCCGAGGUCCGCGGCAGGCGGAGCUUCCCCCUGUCCGUGCGAGGUCUAUUCUGUGCCUCUAGCGCACGGCUGGCUUCUUUGAAACAGACCCAGCGCGGAAUUUCAAAGCCCCGUUCAAUAUACGCAUAUUGUUCGUGUAGCUUCCGGUCCAACACUACGUUGUUCCUCGGGCGCGACUUGAGAAUGUUGCUCUCGAUUUGGGCGGCGUGCUGGCAAUCAGCAGGAUCAGCGGGCUCCUUUUGUAUUCAACACGCGGUGUUUACCGAGCUGCGUGCGCGUGUCGAGCCAGCUGAUUUUCAUUCCUGUGUAUUGCGCAGGCAUUGCUCUAUGAGCGUGUAACUUACAUAUGUAACAGGGUCUGCAUCUGGCUGAAUUUCACUCCUUUUCACGCGGCGUUGAAUAGGUGCCCCUUUUGUCUGGCGCGCAGGGCGCUGUGUAUUAUGCGCGCGCCGAAUCACGCAAGGGAAAAAUCCCGACAAUGCUAUCCCCCAGCAGGGAUUGCGGUUUUCCCUAUGUUCCCUACCUAGGCUCUGCCUAGAAGGGUUCUUACUCUCUUAGCUUACAGGGCACAUGCCUCUGGCCGAAGCCCGGCCCGACAUCCUUCUCGAUAUAGCCCGCCCGAAGCGGCCGGCGGUGUGGCCCUUCCACUGGGCCUGUCAUUAACUUGCCAGUUGCGGACAGCUUUGGCAAGCAAUUCCGCCGGACAGCAAUCUAUGCACUGAAUGAGACGGGGAACCGCCACGCACGCAGGCAUGGACAGGACAAUCUGAUGGAGAGAGUCGGCGCUGAAUCCGAA